ACAACUUCACCGUUGAAGUUUAGCACAACUUGUUUUGUUUAAGCUAGUCGCCCGUAGAGAUUUUUAUUUUUCACAAUGUCACAAUUUAUGGGUUUUUAAUCCACUAGGAGAUCUUGUAGCAUUUUACAGCAAUGGGAUUAUUUGAGUACACGGUCGGACAAGAAGAUUUGGCGACAGAGGCCACAGUGAGACAGGACAAAUUGCUGUGUGUGGGUUUGAACAACCACAGCUACAGUUGUGAAUUCGGUCACUGCUGUGGAAAAACACAGUGCUGCAGCUACUACUAUGAACUGUGGUGGUUCUGGUUGGUAUGGACGCUGAUUGGAAUCCUGAUUUGCUGUUGUUUGUGUCAGCACUGGCGCUCCAAGCAGCGCUUCCAGCAGCAGCGCCGGCAGAACGAGAUUAACCUCAUUGCCUACAGGGAGGCUCACAACAACUCUCAGCUACCACUCUAUCUCAGAUUUUUACCCUCCUACCUGUUGCCAGCAUACGAAGAGGUUGUGGAGCGCCCAUCCAUGCCCCCUCCUCCUUACACACCUGCCUCGUCAGCACUUCCGCCUACAGACACGCUGGAUGAAUCUUCUUGUCCCCAUUCAGCUAUCUCAAUCGCGAGUGAUGCACUUUGCAUAGCCUCAGCAGAUGUUCUGCAGCCCCACUCUCAAAGCUUUGACAGCAACAAGGAUUCAACGCUGGGCAGGAAGCGCCACUUUACAGGAGACUCUGGGAUUGAAGUGUUUGAUGGCCAGGAACUCUGGGAUCAGCAUGGCUUGUUGGCAAGAGAAGCGAUUGAAGAAGAUGGCAUGGUGCACAUGGAGGACACGUCUCACCAACAUUAAUCAAUAUCAAUGAAAACAGAACAUUAAUAAUAAUUAAUAGUGUCAUCAGUGACAACACAUCAUUAACACACAACUGCGAAUACAAGUCCACAGAGUCAUUAGACCAUCCAUCUAUCUAUCCAUCUUCUUCCACUUAUCCAGGGUCAGGUGGCAGGGAUGGCAUCCUAGGCAGAGAGACCAAUACUUCCCUCUCCGGCAACUUUGUCAAGCUCCUUCUGGGGUAUCCUCCUGGGGCAUCCUGAGGUGUUCAGUUGAGAAACAGUGUCUCCAAAGUGUCCUGGGUUUUUCCCGAGGCCUCCCGUCUGUCGGAUAUGUCCUGAACACCUCCCCAGUGAGGCGUCUUGGAGACAUCCUGACCAGAUAACUGGCUCUCAACUGCUAUACUCCUUCCAGAUGUCAGAGCUUCUCACCCUAUGUCUAAGGGAGAGCCCAGCCACUCUAUGGAGAAAACUCAUUUCUUGUCCUUUCGAUCACUGUCCAAAGCUCAUGACCAUUUGGUAAAUUGAGAGCUUUGCCUUACUCCUCAGCUACCUGUUCACUACGACGGAGUGAUGCGCAGUCCACUUCAGUAUAGAUCUCAUUCACCUCACGGUCCAUCCCUCCCUCACUCACGAAGGAGUUACUUGAAGUCCUCCACUUGGGGUAGGAUCUCAAAGUCAAGGUCAGCAGCACACUAUCCCCACCAUACACUGUCUUGACAGUGCACUGCUUCCCUCCGAAGAUGGCGGAUGAUGGUCAAGAAUCUCUUGGAAGCCGCCCAGAAGGCGUUCUCCAUGGCUUCCCUGAACUCCUUCCAUGUCCGAGUUUUUGCCGUACACCGCUUGGCCUGCUGCUUCCAGAGUCCCACGGGCCAAGAAGGCCUGAUAGGACGCCUUCUUUAGCGUCCCUCACCACCGACUUCCGUGAACAAGUUGUGGGAUUACCGUCACAGCAGGUAUUGACCACCUUCCAGCCCCAGAUCCAAUCGUCCACCUCAACAAUGGAGGCACGGAAUAUGGCCCACUCGGACUCAGUCUCUGCUGCCUCCCAUAGAAUGUGGUUGAAGCUGUUUCCCUUGGAGGUGGGAGACUGCCGGCAGACUCCACCAGAUGUUCCCAGCAGACCCUCACAAUGCACUUGGGACUGCCAGGUCUGACUGCCGUCCUCCCCCAACAUCAGAACCACCAGGAGGUGAUCAGUUGACAGCUACGUCCCUCUCUCACAGAUCCAAAGACACAACCAUGAAGUCAGUAAUUGAACAGAGGCGCUGUCCUGGUGCCAAGUGCACCUGUGGACACCCUUAUGCUUGAACAUGGUGUUUGUUAUGGACAACCUUUGACGAGCACAGAAAUCUACUAACAAAGGACCGCUCAGGUUUAGCUGAGGGGGCCAUUCCAGCUGUCACUGUCAUCGCCAACAGGAACGUUGAAAUACCCCAGGAGAACAAGGGAAUCCCCAAAGGGAACACUCUCCGGUACUCUCUCUUCAGAAUCCAAAAGAGGGGUUAGUCUGAACUGCUGCUUGCCACGUAAGUGCAAACAACAGUCAGGGCCGACUGAAGAUGGCAGGAGACUAUUCAUCCACCGGGUGAAACGGCAACAUACAGGAAAGUCUUGCAACUGGGCCUGUCAUAACAAUUUUUUUCUGGUCGAUAAUUGUGCUUCAAAAUAUCGACGGUAUGCGAUACUUUAAUCUUUUUUUAAUGCCAUUUUUCAUAGAUCUUGAGAGGUGUAAUGCACAUUUGAACCACUAGAUGUUACUCAAGUAUAGUGUACCCAUGUGAACUUCAGUCAGGCACUUGCUUGACAGAAGUUCUGAGACCAUUUUUAAAUUAUUUUUAUGGCAUAAUGCCGGUCGAUCGUAUGAAAUUGAGAGCUUUGCCUUACUCCUAUAAACUUUAAUUACUCAAGAGUAUUUAAUAUUAUAAUUGGAAUGUCAGGAGUCUCCAGUCUGCUAGAGCAGACUUAAUGUUUUCUUCCAGGGUGCCAGCAGUGUGGAUCUCUGGCACAUACCUGGUCUCUAAACAGUUGGACUGCAGUGUCCAGUCAGCAGUGACGUAGUGUAUUGUUAAACUAAUGUAGGGAGUCAUAUUUGGGCUGGACGACAUAUAUGUAGUGGCGGUGUGAUGUCCUUCAACACGUCUUCUUAACACUCGGUUAUAUGGUUCAGAAAUUGCUGUUUGUGGCAUACAGUUUACGUUCUCCCAGGCAAUUUGUACUGUCUGGCAAACAUUUCUAACAUUUUCCGAAAUGUUGGCUUUUCCACUGUAUUGAAUGGUUGCAUUUCUUUUGCAAUGUAGUGAGCCACACUGUCUGUGAGUGUACACCAUAUUGCGCUAUUUUGGUUGCAUUUACUUUGCCGACCAAACGCAUUGGCUGUCGGGACGAAGGUUCUGCUGCACCUCCAGCGGUAUUUUUUCUUCCCAGUUGGUAAAACUGAAAAGGUGGUGGUGUUUCAGGUGAGCAUAUAAGUUAUUGUAGUCCCCUGCUUUCUCGUGACUCCUUUCGAACAAAUGCGACAUAUCGGUGUUUAUGCGCUCACCUUGUUCAGUCUGUUCAAAACUGAAAUAUUCCCACACUGCUGAUGUCGUUUGCCUGAGAAAAUACCGCUUCUGUGCCUUGAUUCAUGUUAGCAUAUGCUGUCUCAAGGUUAAUUUGGUCCUCCAGUGUCGCCGCGUGCAUCGGCUCACUAGGAGCCCCGCUUCCACAAAGAUGCUGAACGAGAGGUGGAUCGAGCACUCAUAGUUAUCGACCUGUUGUUUUUUUUAAUCGUUCGAUAAAUUGAUAUAUCCAUUAUUGUGACAGGCCUACUUGCAACCCCUGCUUGGUGCCUUUCAGCUCUGGCAACGCCAGGGUGGAAGAGAGGCCAACCCUCUUGAGAAGAGUGGUUCCACAGCCCUUGCCAUGCCUCGUGAGGACGACUAUUUUGCUGAAACUUAACCUCACGCACCAGAGUGGUUAAGGGUUAGCUUCUGCAGGAUGGACUGCCAAGGUCUGGGUGCAAGCCCAGCGUUUGCCAUCAAGCCCCGCCCCCAGGCCUGACUCCACAGGGGCCAAGGUGACUGCCGUCCAGGUGAGGGAAAACUCGAUCCAAAGUUGCCACGCGUUGGGGCCUUUUGAACUACACUGUGUCUGGUCCAUGCCCUAGGACCUGUUUGUCUUGGCCAUAAAAGCCCCCGAUAACUUGGCUCCUACGAUCAUGGGGACAUGGAAACUCCCCCAUGGUGAUAAAGUGGUAGCUCAUCCAGGAGGAUGUCAUCGGUGAAAAAUGCGCAGCAGUGAUGUCAGGUGUUUGUUGUGUUCUGUUAAAACAAAGGUUCAAAAGGAACUAGUGGAGAUAAAUGACCACUUUUUACAUUUUCAUUUUUUUUCUUGUAACACUUUUUCUUUGUCUGUGAGCUAAAGUGUCGGUUUCCAUGUUAAUGUCUUUAGUGUUUUACUGAUAAAGUAGCAGUGCUGGCAAGUACGUCCCGACAGGAUACAUGUCUGUCAGACAGCUUAGCUCAGGGGUGUCCAAAGUGUGGCUGGGGUGCCGUUUGUGGCCAGCAGCAGUUUUUUUUUUGUUUGUUUUUUUGGCCUGAGGCAUACAGUAUUGUACUAAUGUUAGUUGUGGCCCGUACCACAAAAAAAGCUUGCAAGAGUGGAAAUUAUGUCACAGCAAUAUGACUAUCAACUAUCAACACAACGAUGUUUUUUAUUUCAACAUAUGUAACAGCUGAGCAUAUAUUGGAUUU